CAACACCAUCGUCACCUGGUCUUCUAGGUCCCCUGUCCUCGCAGCUACGCAGAUUGUAUACCCAUCAUUUUCUGCACAUGCUUCUCCAAGAAUGACCGCAGAAACAUGCCAGAGGGAAUCCCAACCCGGCGCAGAUUCGGGAGGCAUUAACCCGGAAUUGGUUGCGAUGGGAAAAUGCGGGGAAACGAUGGCCCGGGAUCGGCCCCGGGAGCAGACAUGAUUGGUGCCCACAAGCCGACCGAUUGAAUGCCUCUCAAUCGAGUCACUGCGGUGCUUCUCUUGACCAGUUCUUAUUUGCAGGGAUUCUCCAAGCGAGACCAAUGUGGUCAACGGCAAAGUUGACCCCUGACAUCUCUCCCCGUGGCUUCCCGUGUCAAGAUGUCCGCAAGACAGCUGGCCAUAUUCACUUGCAGUAGCUUACUGUUAUCGCUCACUGGCGCGAGCGACAUUACCGUGCUUCCUACAAAAUACAAGGCAGAUUCUAGCUUUGCAAAUUAUACCAGCCAUGGAAAUGCAGCCUGCUUCACGCUUGAUCAAAACAGGCCACUAAUCACCCUGGACUACGGGACUGAGGUUGGAGGCUUUCCCUUCUUCGAUGUAGAGUCUCUGUCCAGUGCGGUCCAGAUUGAGGCCAAGUACACCGAAACCGAGCCUGGUCUCGAGGCCCCUUUCGGCGACGGUCCCUGGACGUUCACCAACGGUCUAUCCAACACCUUCCGUGUUGAGACUUUCAAUGUAACAUCCACCGGAAAGGUGGAAUCCUUCUUCAUCCAAGGCGGCCUUCGCUGGCAGAAUCUCUUGCUCCUGACAGAGGGCAGUGUGCGAAUAUGUCAAGCAGGCAUCAGAUCGGGAAAUGAUCGCACUCCUGUGAACGAGCUACCCGGCUUCUUCGAAAGCUCCAACAAUCUGUACAACGAGAUCUGGGCCUUGGGGCCGCGGACAGUCCAGCAAGCAUGCAUUGCGUCGAACACUGCCCCGUCAACAUGGGAGGUCACCAGUGACGGAGUCUAUCUACGUGGACAGCAACCUGCGCAGUCGGUGAUCGGGGCGUCCUUUGCUAACUACACCAUGGACUUCCAUACCAAGAUUGUUCGUGGAGGUACCGGUUGGAAGGUUGCCGCAGGAGUUGGUGGAUUCGGUCCGUACUUCGUUCUGGCCAGUGAAUAUCCCUCUGGGUCAACAUUUGUCAAUAUCAAUCGUACGAUCGUGCCGCCCAACACACUCGCUGUGGGCUACGGCUGGAACCUGGUCAACCAGACCUCGCUCACCACCGGAAAAGUCAACCACUAUCCUUUGCCAUUUGAUAUCAAAGAGGGUCACUGGUACGGAAUCUCAACUACUAUCAAUGCAACUGGAUACGGCGUUACCGUUAAUGGAACCGACAUCUUCGUUGCGUUCAAUGACUUGCAAAUUGUAUCCGGAUCUACCGGGUCAUCGGGGAGUCUCACGGGCGGAACCUGGGGGUUCGGACCCUACCAAGAUCAGAUUGCGCUGGUAAAGGAUGUUGAGGUCCAUGCACAGAACGGUACACUCAUAUAUAAUAACCCAAUGACAUCCAGCUCCGUCUUGGAAGAAUUCGGGGUGAUGACUAGUAACCACUCCAUCUGUCUGGAUGGGGCCAAAAGGGACCGUCUGGUCUGGUCAGGCGAUUUUGUGCACACUUACCGUGUGAUUCAAUCCAGCACAGGUCGCUCGGACUUUGUAACCGGGUCCUUGAAAUAUUGGCUUGAUCGGCAAGCUCUAGAUUCCUCGGAAUACCGUGGCUACUUCAGCAUGUCACCCGCCAUGGGGCAAUCGGCAAAAUAUGUCAACACGUACGACUCUUUUGGACUUUUGGACUAUCAGCUGUUCUUUCUUGACGCAUUUGCCGGUUACUAUCGGAAUUCCGGGGACAAUAAUUUUGUGCUUCAACAUUGGAAGCAGAUUAAAAAAGGCGUUGAAGCUGUUCUAUCGUUGAUUGAUGAGCAAUCCGGACUCGCGGUCGCUACGGACAUUGGAGCAUUUUUCUCGGGGUCCAGCAAUGGCACUGCAGUAUCGGCUCUUCUGGCUCACACACUGAGUCGAGUGGCAGAGAUUGCUUCUGUGGUGGAUGAGACGGAUGUUGCGUCGAGAUGGACCCGUUCAGCCGAUUCAAUCAAAGACGCGAUCCGCGACCAACUCUGGAACUCGCACCUUGGGGCUUACGCUGCUGAUCUGAGCGAUCUGACCGAGCAGUCUAUCACAGGCACCGCCUGGGCCAUCCUUUCCGGCGUGUCGAACAGCACCCAAGCGGAAUCGUCCAUUGCGACACUCUCGUCACUCCGUCUUGGCAUUGGCUACAAAACUUCCACCUCUGUUUCUAACGCGUCCACCACCGACCUGGCACCCUUCCUUUCCGGCUUCCUCCUCGAGGCAAUCCUCCAGGCCAGUCGCAAUAGCCCGAGUGCAAGCCAAGCGAGAGUGACCGCCAUAAGCGUACUCCUCGACCAGCUGUGGGCUGCGAUGGUGACUCAAGACGAGUACUAUACGGGUGGAGCGUGGGAAUAUGUUUACCCUGAUGGCCGUCCAGGACUCGACCUCUACACAUCACAUGCGCAUCCCUGGGCAGCGGCUCCGACAUAUGUUCUCACUGAAUACGUGCUUGGCAUCCAAGCCACCUCAGCCGGGUUUUCCGAGUGGGCUUUCCGCCCGGCGAUCCUGGAUGUGAACGUGUCGUGGGCGCGGGGGAGAGUGCCAACUCCCAACGGACCGAUCCGGGCAAGCUGGCAAUUAGGGCAUAAUGAUACGGUGCAGCUGAACGUGUGUGGGCCGAACAAUACUACGGGUAUUGUGAGUUUGCCAUUUGCGGUUGAAUCGUAUACAGUAAAUGGGGAGACAACAGCAGGUGACAAUUUUGGAGUUAGAGUAUCUGGAGGAUCAUGUGCCGAUGUCCAGAUCGUUAGAAAGUGACCUGGCUUAUACAUACAACCUGUUCUAGCUGUCUAGAGUAUAUAUAAAAUUUGACAUGCUAUGGAUCUCCCCUC